UCGAGGCAGGUUGACCAGUGGUCUGUUGUGAGUGAUCAGUUUUCAAGACUACCACGUGGGAAGUGUUUAUUUUGUUGACGAGUGAUAAGUCGUUCUGUGUUAUAUAGUAUGGCUGAUUAUUUGAUUUGCGGAGGAACUGGUUAUGUUCCGGAGGACGGUUUGACAGGUGCUCAGCUCUUUGGUAACGGAGAUGGUCUCACGUAUAAUGACUUCAUUAUACUGCCAGGGUUUAUUGACUUCACGGCGGAUGAGGUCGACUUAACAUCGGCGCUAACAAAGAAAAUCACGCUUAAAGCUCCGCUUGUUUCUUCACCGAUGGAUACAGUCACGGAAUCUGAUAUGGCAAUUGCCAUGGCGCUUUGUGGAGGUAUUGGUAUAAUACAUCACAAUUGUACGGCAGAGUAUCAGUCGAACGAAGUUCACAAAGUAAAAAAAUACAAGCAAGGUUUUAUUCGUGAUCCUGUUGUGCUAAGCCGUGACCAUACUGUUGCAGAUGUAAUUAGAGUAAAAAAAGAACACGGUUUUUGUGGUAUUCCUAUUACAGAAAAUGGAAAGCUUGGCGGAAAACUAGCAGGUAUCGUUACAUCUAGAGACAUAGAUUUUCUGAAAGAGUCGCAAAAUAGUUCCUUGAAACUCGACAGCGUUAUGACAAAGUUAGAAGAUUUAAUUACAGCGUCAGCAGGAGUCACCUUAGAAGAAGCAAACAAUAUUCUGGAAAAAUCGAAGAAAGGAAAGCUGCCUAUCAUUAAUGAAAAUGGGGAGUUAGUGGCUCUAAUAGCUCGCACAGAUUUAAAAAAAUCAAGAAAUUAUCCAAAUGCUUCUAAAGAUGAAAACAAACAGUUGCUUGUAGGUGCUGCUAUUGGUACACGAGAAGAAGACAAAGCUAGACUAGAGCAGCUUGCUCAGGCAGGUGUGGAUGUGGUUUUGAUUGAUUCCUCACAAGGCAACUCAGUUUAUCAGAGAGACAUGAUAUUGUACAUUAAGAAGGCUUAUCCAGACUUACAAGUUAUUGGUGGUAAUGUAGUGACUGCAGCACAAGCAAAGAAUCUCAUAGAUGCUGGUGUUGAUGCACUGAGAGUUGGAAUGGGUAGUGGCUCUAUAUGCAUAACACAAGAAGUUAUGGCUGUUGGUCGGCCACAGGGCACAGCAGUGUACAAAGUUGCGGAAUAUGCAAGACGUUUCAGUGUUCCAGUUAUAGCAGAUGGUGGUAUUCAGUCUGUUGGUCACAUCACAAAGGCACUCUCACUUGGUGCAUCCACAGUGAUGAUGGGAUCCUUGUUGGCUGGCACUUCAGAGGCUCCUGGAGAGUAUUUCUUCUCAGAUGGUGUUAGACUUAAAAAGUAUAGAGGUAUGGGCAGUUUAGAGGCCAUGAACAGGAAAGAUGCAAAGGGUGCUGCUAUGGACCGCUAUUUUCACAGUGAGACAGACAAACUGAAAGUGGCGCAGGGUGUGAGUGGUUCUAUUGUAGACAAAGGUUCUGUGCUUCGCUUUCUGCCUUACCUGCAGAGUGGACUCCGUCAUGGGUGCCAGGACAUAGGGGCCAGAAGUCUCUCAGCAUUACGUUCAAUGAUGUAUUCUGGUGAAUUGAAGUUUGAGAGGCGGACACAAUCUGCACAGGUUGAAGGAAAUGUUCAUGGCUUAUUCUCCUAUGAGAAAAGGUUGUUCUGAUAUUUUAGACCUUGUAAAAUCUUGUAUCACGUAGAGGUGUGUUUUGAGGUAUCGUGGAGGUUGUCGGUAAUAGGUGUUUAUGUUGUAUGACAGAAGAAUUUGAUAAAGGCAAUUUUUGAAAUUGUCUGAACUCUAAUUUCAACAGAAAUGAGAGCUGACCUGCUAGUUCUGUUGGUAACUGGUUUUUAAAGUGUAAGACUGACUAUGAAAGGAAUAUUCAGAUUAUUGUGGAGUAAGACUCUGACAGUUGUGGUAGUUUUGGUCAAAUUGUGUGUG